AUGUAUCUGUUGCUGGUAGCGGUAUGUUUGGUGUCGGUUAGCGCUGUGCCGGUGAAAAGGUGUGAUUACGAUUGCGUCAUGGGACUGGUAGAACAUGCUUACCACCACGUAGAUCUUGGACAGCCUAUAGGUGGAGCUUCUUCAACUUACGUAGGCAAACGGGACAUCAGUGCCAUGCUACAGUCUCUAUCAUCUUCAAUAGCUAAUGCUGGGACGGCCUUACAGCAGACGUUUGGUUCUCUUCCUCAGCAUGGCUCGGACGCCUUGUCAUCAGUGAUCCAGACCGCUCUCCAUCCCGUAGCCGGACUACUAAACGGUGUAAUGGACGGUCUUCAACAUGCCAAUAUGGUCGAGGUUGAGAAACGCGGGGCCAGUGAGUUUUUCUCUAACAUCGGACAUCAGUUGUCAACAACUUUUACAAACCUCGGUCACGCCUUCCAGAACACAUUUGAAGAAUUAGCGCAUACUGCUGCCCUACAGGGAACUGAGCUCCUUAGCCAGGCUCUACAAGGCGGAGCAAUGGUUGUCGCAAACGGGGCAAGCACCCUUGCUAAAAACCUGCAGCACACCCAUACCGAUGCACAGAAAAGAUCUGCCCAUCAGCUUUUCUCUAACAUCGGACAACAGCUGUCAACAACUUUUACAAACCUCGGUCACGUCUUCCAGGAAACAUUUGAAGGGUUAGCGCAGGGAAGUGACCUCCUUAGCCAGGCUUUACAAGGGGGAGCACAAGUCCUAGCAAACGGAGCAAACAACAUUGCUGCAAACCUCCAGCCUUCACAGACCUUUGAACACAAAAGGGAUGCUGCGGACUUUCUCGCCGAGUUGCAACAACAGCUUCAACAUCUAGGUGAUCUCCUCAAACCCUAUGUAAACCAUGAGGCUAAUAACCUGUUCCAGAACCUGGACACGAGUUCAUAA